CAAACCCUUCGACAAUCAUCAGCAUUUCCGCUCCCUGAUUGAACAAAUACAUGCACAACAGUUUCAGCACGAUGGCUCUCACCUCCCUCGUCCUCCACCUCCUCCUCCUCCUCUCUUCUCUCCAUGUCCUCACCAAUGUCGCUAGGGCCACUCCCGGGGCCGACUCCCUCGCCGGCGAGGCUAACUCGAUCUCUCCCAAAGCAUACCUUGUCCAUUACUGGAACAAGCAAAUCACCAACAACCUUCCCAAGCCACCAAUCCUCUUCUCCAAAGCGUCCCCUCUGACGGCCACGUCAGCGACCAUCUUCGCCGAACUCGUUGCCAAAGGCGCCAUCUCUGACCACCUCCUAUCGUUCUGCGAGGAGGCGCAAUUGCUCUGCUUCGUGAACUCAUCAUCUUCUGGGGUCGCAGCGACGCAGGUGUCACACAACAUAAAAUGGGGCCCCAGCGCCCCCGGCACCCCCUCUCCUCCGAUACAAUUGUGGCAACUGAUGACAAGAAAGUAA